AUGUCAGAAGAAUCUUCAUCCAAUCCCUCUCGACCCGCUUCACCCGUAUCCCCGCUUCCUCCGACCGCCCGCCCAUUUCGAUUCAACUGGGACCCAAACCAAAGAGGCCCAGAAAGCGUUUCCGGCACGACCGAAGGACGGGAUUACUUCGCUGGCCCGUCGCGUCUCAAUCUAUUUAACACUUCUACCGCCAAUCUUGGCCUGAGCUCUCUUCCUCAACAAUGGAGCAGUACAACUCAUGGAUUUCAUGCCAUAUCAACGGUAUUGAACAACCCACACAAGAAACAGGCCCCUCCGAAAGCCCAUUCUUCUCUUCCGGCUGUUGCGCCCGCCGAACUUCCUCGUGUACGAAGGAAGGACUUCGACUCUUACCUCCGAGCAAUUGCUCCAGAGUGGGAAAGGCUCGAGCAUAGUCACCAGCUUAGUCGUGAAGCCGAGCUACAACUGGAAGGGAGUUCAACCCCAAAGCCGACAAACGGCCCAUUUACGCAAGCGUCAGGCCGCCCAUUGCCACCAUUGGACGUUGUCCCAUCUGUCUUCUUCCAGCCAAACUUCAACCUCGGCGACCCGCGCACAUUCAAAACUGUAACGGAACAGAAUUCUGCUGAGCAUGACCCUGCUUCGAUAUCUUAUUCUCUACCACUCCUCGAGAAAUUCUCGCAUUAUGCCGAUACGGUUGAACAACACCUAGUCCGAGAAAUCUCUAUUCGGUCUGCGUCGUUUUUUGCUGCUCUCACAAAUCUCCACGAGUUGCAAAGUGAAUCCGAGCAAUGCUUAGAUCGCAUUUCCAAACUUCGUGCCUUACUCAAAGAGGUGGACGAUAAAAGCGCAAAGAAGGGUCUGGAGGUAGUGCGACGGGGUGGUCGGUUGCGGAAUUUGGGAAAAGUACGCGAGGGCGUCACUUUUGUGGGUGGGGUGGUGGAAAUGACGAGUGUUGCCAAGGGUUUAGUCGCCGCUGGCCAAUGGGACCAAGCACUGACGGUGUUAACGGAGAUGGAACAUUUAUGGGAUGGUACUUCAGAACCCCAGCCUUCUAGUGUGGUGACCUCUCCAGUGGCAACUGCUGAAGGCAGCAUCAACCGGAGGCUGCCAGCUCUGCCACCGACACCAGAAGAGCGGCCAGCCCCUUCGCCUUCGGUUCCUCCGCCAAUACCAUUAUCAUCGUUAACUGCUUUUGCAGCUCUGCCAGAACAUCUUCGGACAUUAACGUUGGAAAUAACGUCUUCUUUAUCAACAGAGCUCGUUUCCGUGCUUCGAGGUGAUAUUUUGGAACGUAUCAACUCUGGGACUCCAUCCAAGAAGUUGCACGAAGGCUUUACAGAUCGUUUGCGACCUCUCUUACAAGGCUUGAUACGGACAAACGGCAUUCGCGAAGCAACACUGUCAUGGAGAGAGAUCGCGCUAGACGAAAUUCGUGGGGUUGUGGCAACACAUUUACCGGGGGUAGAUCUAACGGAAGAACAAACAACAGUUGGCGGAGACACUUUGAGGCCGGGACUGGCCAACCACCUCCGAAACAUGCCACAUGCCGAAUUUUCAGUGCUCAUACAAUCUGUCUACAAGAGCUUCCUCAAUGCCGUAGAAGGGCUUCAAGCCCAAUGUGCGGCCUUUGUUCAGGUUCUUGAGACGACGAGCUUCCAGAAUACUGCCGCUCUUCAAGAAGAACUUACGGACAUUCUCAGCUCUGCUGCUGAGCUCUCCAACACGCAAGCUGCCAAAUUAAUUCUUCUUCGCGCCGAGCAGCAUGCGAUUCUCAGCCUCUCCGAGUUUUUCGUCUUCUUCAAUGACUCGUGGUCAUUCGUCGUCAAGUGUGAAGUGAUAUGCAGGCAAAUGAUCGUGGGCCUACGAGGCGUGGUAAUCAGCCAGUCAAAGACGUUCCUACAAACUUUCCAUCAGGCUCGAUUGACCCAAUCAGCCAGUCUUGUGGAAAACGAGCAAUGGGAGCAAGUCGACGCGACACAGCCAAUUCAGCACAUUACUGAUGUUCUCGUUGAAUGCGCUGUAAAAGAUGUACCCGAACUGUUGGUGUCUGCUGCCGCGCCUUCGCAAUCGACCACGGACAGUCUAGCCCCUGAGAACCCUUCCAAUGGCAUCCCCCCUUCAUCUCCAUCUGCUCCGCCGCCCUCAAAGAAGGCCAAUGGCUCAUCAUCCACGGCUAAAGCCGCAAAGAUUCGUUUGCGGAUCGAGGAACGCACAUACUCCGCAGUAGCCGCGACUACUGAGGUUCUCUCGUUGCUACUCGACUAUUUGCGCGUUAUCGUCAACCUUUCGAUGUUAACGACAGACACGAUGAGCCGUGUGAUUGAAUUUCUCAAGGCUUUCAACUCUCGUACGUGCCAGGUUGUCUUGGGUGCAGGGGCAAUGCGAUCCGCCGGUCUCAAAAAUAUCACUGCGAAGCAUCUCGCACUCGCAUCUCAAUCCCUGUCCAUUAUGAUAGCCCUCAUUCCCUACGUUCGAGAGACUUUUCGACGGCACCUUAGCCAGAAGCAGGCUGUUAUGCUAGUAGAAUUUGACAAACUCAAACGCGAUUAUCAGGAGCAUCAGAACGAGAUUCACGCAAAAUUGAUCGCGAUUAUGGGCGACCGUCUCAACGCCCAUAUUCGUACUUUCCAGUCCGUUGAUUGGUCUACGCCACGGGAGGGUGUCAACUCUUACAUGACAGUGUUGGUACGAGAGACGGUGACUCUUCACAAAGUGCUGUCGCGCCAUCUCUCUGCCGCCGUUGUAGAGGACGUGAUGGUACAGGUAUUCGCCGCGAUCAACCACCGCCUUUCGGAAGAGUACGCAAAAGUAGUUUUGCCCAACGAAGAGGCGCGCCAGGGCCUCCUUACAGAUGCGCGAUUUUUGCAUCAGAAGUUGGCUGAGCUCAAGAAUGUCGGUAAACCAAGUGCGAUGCUCGAAAUUGUUAUUGCCGAGCUACGUGUCCCCCAGCCAACUUCGCCCGCUGUGAACGCAACAAACUUCAAUUCAGCGAAGUCACCAGCUACAAUACCUAAUGCGGCGUCUGUCCCCACGACCACAAACUCUACAUCAUUGCCUGCCCCGAAUCCCAAUCGAAAUUCUCUCGCAGCACGUUUACGCUGGAACUCGCUUGCCGCGAAUGCUAUCAGCAGCAACGCCACCAAUCCUAGUGUAAAUGGCACUAAUGGAGCAGCAAAUUCGAGCCGAAGCUCGUCUCCCGUGACGAGCUCGAGUACUGUACCAAACGUAAAUGGCACGAGUAAAUCGCCACCGCCAGGGCCACUUCUGCGGACAAGCUCAAGUUCAUCAUCAUUGAGAACGUCAGGUUUCAGACAACUGGACCCCUCCAGUCCUCGCCCGGAAAGCCCGCUUCCCGCUCUCCCACCAGAAGAAGCGGAGGACCCUCUUGGUGUGGGCCCUGCAACGCCACGGACACCAACAGCACGUCAAUCCACUGUUGCUGUGACUGAUCAACCCAUCUCAGCGUCUCCUGAACGGGCGGACAAUGGAAUCUCACAAGCUGCCUCCUCGGCAACGACACCACAACAACCACCUCCAUAG